AUGACAACUUUUCGAUCUAAAAAGGUAAUUGGUCACCCUGAUCAGUUAGCAAGAAGAAAUAUGUCUCCUAAUUCUCAUUCAAAAUAUAAGAAAAAGAAAAUAAGAUAUUGGAGCCCGCCAUCAUCAGUUAUCAAACUUAGAAUUUUAUUUUUGACUGUAUCUCUCAUUUGUGGCUGCCUAUUAUUAUUGUUUCUAAAUAAGAGCUCUGAGAUUGUUUCGUAUGCCCCAAAAGCUUACUUACCAUCUUGGCUACCAGGAUCAAGAAAUUCUAAUAUAGUUUAUUCUAAAAAUGAGCUGGCAAAUGUUGAUAUAAAUAGUAGGGUUCGGAAUACCAACACAGAAAGGUCCUCCAUUUCUCUACCAAAUUUACGUCAACCGUAUAAAUCUCUAACUAUUUCAGGAUUUGCCUCUCAAUUAAAUUUAGCAAAGUCGUCUAUAUUCAAAAAAAUCGGUCUCAAAAUAAAUGAUCCUUCUGAUCCAGCAAAUUUAGAGAGGAUAAGAUUUUCAAGUGAGAAUUUACUCACAUGUGAUGAUCUGGCAUAUUCUAACCAGAUUUUAUAUUCAACUGAACGGAUUAUCAUCAAAGAUAAUAUUAAGAUGAUCAAGGAUGAAAUUUUAAAGCCAUCUGAUUGGCUCUCUGAUAAAUUUACAAGUCCAGAGGAUUCUACUUUAACAGAAGAAGACCUAUUAUCUCAAAAAUGGGGUAGAUUUGGUACCUCGAGUGUUUGGGUGGAAAGUUUACAGUAUUACAUAACUGUUUCCCGUAUCACAUACUCUGCAGAUGGUAAGAAGUCAGAACCUGAUGUAUCUUUAGUUCGUGGACAAUUAUUUGAUAGGAAUUGGAAUGAAGUUAAAGGUAAAUAUAUUCCAAAAUUACACACUUAUUCCAACGAUCGAGAAAGACAUAAUAACCCGAGACAUAAAGCUUGUGAGGAGGUUAUUAAUGAUCCCCUUUCAUAUUACAAUUGUUUAAACGCUAAAUCAAGCAACUCGAAACCACAAGAUGAGAAAGAGUGGAACAAAUUUUUAAUAAAGAAUUAUAUUGUUUAUCCAAAAACGUUUCACUUUGAAUUCAAUGCGGUGGGUAAAGGGAAAGGUAUGGAAGAUCCACGUAUCAUUUUAAGAAAAACUGCAGGGUUUGAAGAACCAAUGGUUGUUUUUAACUUGGAUAAUGGCCAUGGGAGAAAGAUGUUUAGUUUAUUUCCUCAUAGAUCCGAGCGUGACUUAUUACAAUUCAACUAUCACGAAGAUGGUAAUACAGUUCAGAAAAAUUGGACUCCAUUUUUCUCUAAGGAGGAUUUGACAGGCUUAACAGAUUUUUACUCUGGUUACGUUCAUUUCAUUAAAAGAAUGCACCCUUUAGAAAUCCUAAGGUGCUCUUUAGUUGAUGGUUCAUGUAAAAUGGUAUACAAGUCUCGAAUUUCAAGUGAGAAAAAUAUUGAUAUUAUCCGUGGUGGAACUCAAUAUGUCCCAUUACCUACCAUUUUGCCUGAGGUUUACGGUAAACAAAUAUGGAUUGGGUUUCCAAAAUUACACAUAAAUAAGUGCGGCUGUGGUGAAAGAUUCUACAGACCUAUGCUAUCAAUACUGGUUGAAGAGAAUGGAGUAUUUAAUCAAGAGAUGCUUGUACCUUCAUUAGAUUUUGAAACGGAUGUUUUGUCAUGGGACGAGAAAAAUAGCGCAUGUGGUGGAUUUAAUGUCAUGUCUCCAAAUUCGAUAUCUGCCUGGGAAGUUUUAGCUCAGGAUCCUAAAACUAAAAGAUUCGAUGAUUAUUUAACACUAACAUAUGGUGAAUCGGAUUCAAGAUCAUCAGUAAUUACCGUGAGAGGUAUUCUUGAUUAUGUGCUAAAUAUAUAUAAACAAAAAAAUCUACAAGACACUUACAAAGAUACCCUGCUUGAUGAUUUUAUAAUCAAAACCAGUUUUAAAUGUGUAGCAGAUUCGGCGGCCCGUACAUGUAAAGAAUAUGGAUUAACACAUCCUGAAAAAACUACAGAUACUGACACCACUAUGAAUGUUGCCAAGCAAUCUAAUUCCUUGUAA